AGAAUCAGGAUCUGCUGCAGGUCGGAUGUAUAGGGUGCUGUUCUCCCCAAACACAUUCAAUAAAACCAACAAGAGGAAUCUAAAUUUGUCCUACUGUUUAAUUCUGAGGUUAAAUGCAGGAAUAUGAUGUCUGUAAAAUUCACCACGCAAAGAUCUUCUUCUUCUACUCCCCACAUAAAUUCAUCUCCCAACAGAACUCAAACUCAACAGAUUACAGAAAGAGGGAAAUCUCUGCAGUGUUCAGAGUGCGGCAAGAGUUUCAGACGACAGGAAAAUCUCAGAGUACACCUCCGAAUUCAUACUGGAGAGAAACCGUAUCAGUGCUCAGAGUGCGGGAAGAGCUUUAAUCAGCAGAGUACUCUCCGAAUACACCGGCGCGUUCACACCGGAGAGAAACCGUAUCAGUGUUCAGACUGCGGAAAGAGUUUUAAUCAGCAGAGUAAUCUUCAGGAACACCGGUCUGUUCACACCGGAGAAAAAACGUAUCACUGCUCGGACUGCGGGCGGAGCUUUUCUCAACAGAGUACUCUCCAAAAACACCAGCGCGUUCACACCGGGGAUAAACCGUAUUACUGCACAGAGUGCGGGCGGAGCUUUUCACAGCAGAGUAAUCUCCAAGAUCACCAGCGCGUUCACACCGGGGAUAAACCGUAUCGGUGCUCAGAGUGCGGGAAGUGUUUUACUCAACAGCAGCAUCUCCGAAAACACCAGCGAAUUCAUACUGGAGAGAAACCGUAUCAGUGUUCAGACUGCGGGAGGAGCUUUACUAGACAACACCACCUUCAAAAACACCAGAGAAUUCAUACUGGAGAGAAACCAUAACAUCACUCAGCGCUGGAGGAGAUCCAGCUGUUGAGAUUUAAGGUGUUUGACUGGAAUAAAACUGUUUAUUUAUUUUUAUUUGUUUAUUUUCUCUACUCUGUUUAGAAAAAACUACCUGCUGGACAUUUUAAAAUAAAUAAAAGUAAAAGCAGAAUUA